GUCGGGAAAUCAACGUGCCAGUUCUCCGAUGACUCCGGUGCCGUCCGCACAUGCCCGGAACGCCGAUUCGUACCGCCGAAAGACGUCCAGUCAUACGUCCGUUACACCGUCGCUGCCGCCACCGAAGAUACGCGUGUAGAGUAUUGCCGUGAGACCGUUGCCGUCGAUCCUCGUGAAUCGGACGAGGGACACGUCGUUCGGCACACGGCAUUGACGGGCCCGCACCGGCAGUGUCGUCAUGGAGGUAGUACAACCGUCAUAGCCGCGACACACGUGUCUGCACACUCGUCUUCCGGUCGUCUGCUCGCCUCCACAGCCCAUCCUAAAUCGACAACCCGGUCCACGGUGACCCUAACCCCAUGGCUUGUCAGUACGCAAUGUUUGCCGCCGUCAUAGCAGUCGUGGUAGCGACUUGCGUCACGGCGUCAGUCCUAGGACAACCAGAUAAACCCACAGCCAAUGGUGGUGGUUGUCCUUCACCCGGCCUCACGCUGAACGGCACUAGAGUUGUUCCGCGGUCGGGCAUGUCACCGGACUUUUCAACAUUGUCCGAAGUGAAAUUCCCAGCGCGCCUGCCGUCCCCUUCCGGCAAGGGAUCGGUGUCAGCGGCGUCGUCAUCCUCAGCGGAGUCUGAAGCUCCGUUCAGGAUCUGCAAGAUAAAAUGUGUUUCGGGCCAAUGGGUUGGUCCCCUGUGCCAAGAAAUAAACGGCGAUGGCAAGUUCCAGCCAAUACUAAAAUCAUGUGCAUUGGAAGAAGUGCCACCAAAUCUUAUUCUAUCAUUUAAAAAUCGGAUUAUUGUAGAAUUCAAUACGACAAUACCUCACAAUAGCACAAUAUCAGCACGAUGUCAAGAACCUAUUGGCACAUACAAACUUAGCGGACCUCCAGUGUUAAAUUGUAGCAACGGAGUUUGGUCUAGCCCAAUACCUAAGUGUCAACCAACAACUCUAUUCACUAAUUAUUCAGAAAACUCGCCUCCGACAAUUUUGGUACGGGUUCCGUCAGGAUCAGCAGCUGUAGACCAAAAUGGUGGACUAGUCGUUUUCCCUGGAUCUAUAUUACACUUAGAAUGUCUUUAUUUGAGACGACAUGGUGAUCCGGAGUGGACAUGGACAUCUGAGGCUGAAACUUAUCUUACCGGAUGGGCGAUAGGAAACGACGAACGCAACUGGAAGUAUCGAUUAUCUAUUUACUAUGUAAAACAAUUUGAUACAGGCUCAUUCACUUGCACUACUUCGCGUGGAAUAAACAACACUAUAACACUACAAGUUUCAGAUAUCCACUGUAAGCCAGUGCCCAGUAUGAAUCUCAAUCCUCAUCUUAACUAUAGAGCGAGUGGUCAUAGGCUUGGUCAGACAACAUACUUCAACUGUCCACCUGGAUUUUUCCUUAAAGGUUCAGCAAAUAUCACCUGUCUUCCUUCAGGAGACUGGUCGAAUUCACCACCGGAUUGUAUCAUGGUUAAGUGUCCGCCAAUCAGCGUUGAUGAUUCUAGGUUGAUCAUGGUUGAAUACAACGACACGUACGGCAAACGAGCAGCGUUCAAAUGCGCUUGGGGCUUUCAAAUGUCGGGUGUCAAUUCGAUUGAGUGUUUGGCGGAUUCCACGUGGUCGCACCGAAUACCUACAUGUACCGAAAUCCUGUGUCCUACCCCGGUCGUGCCACUCAACGGUCUCCUGAUCGAAGAUUCGGCUCCAGGGCGUCACGUAGUCGGUUCCAUGGUGCAGUUUUCUUGUGGUGAAAAACAUCAGCUGAUCGGAAAACCCAGCAUGGUGUGCACAGAAAAUGGCACUUGGUCACACUCCACGCCAUACUGCAAAGCCAGAUGCGAGUAUCCGGGUGAGCCGCCCAACGGCCGUAUCAUACCACUGAAGUUCUGGUACGUGCCGGGCGACAAGUUGAAAAUCACAUGCCUGGCCGGGUACGUUCUGCCGCUGCCACUCGAGGCCAGUCCGCCCGUGUGCCUCGGCAACGGCACGUGGUCGCAUACGCUGCCCGAAUGCAUACAGUACACGAACGUGUGAUCGGAUGACAGCGAUCCGAUCGAGACGUGUCCGGGUGGGCGAACACGCGGUUUUGCGGAUGGUGCUCGCUUUACAGCGAACCGUUCGCCGUCCGACGAUUAUUUACACUAAUUUAUAAUUUAAUUUAUAGUCAUCGUGUCGUGUCUAAUAACAAUAAUAUUAUCUUACGCUCCUUACGGUUGUAAUAUAAUAAUAUUGUAUUCCCAUAGGCGUAGGCGCAAAUAUGUGAGGGGGUGGGAGCUUGAGUGGCUCGAAUUUAACGCACCCUCGUCGAGAAUGUGUUGUAAAGAAAUACAAAUAUGCACGAGUUUUUACGGAUCGAUACGCAUAGGUAAGAAAUUUAAUUAUAUAAUAUUGUGCGAUUUUACAUUAUUAUAAUAUUAUAUAUUUAUUCGGUGAGUGUCGGCGACCUUCAACGAAAUAUUACGUGUAUUAUACCGUGACAUACCUACCAGGUGAUUUAUUUAUUAAUAUAAGACACACAUUAUUUCAAAAACAAUUUACUUUUUUGAAAAUAUUUGUUUUAUAUAAUUUAAGCAUUCAAUUAAAAUUAAAAAAAAUCGUACUUAUUUUUAUCUUUAUAAUUAUUUUUUUUAAAUUGUUUACCUUUAUUUUUAAUAAUAACGUGCAUUUUUAAUUUAUUAUCCUUAAGCAGAAUAUUUUUUGUAGUAUAUUUCAAUACAUAAUAAUCAAAUUAUAGACGAUUAAUUUAUGAUGUUUUAAGUAUUGAUAAGGGAAGUGGAAAGGUACAGUAAAGUACCCCGCAAAAUAUCAGUUAACUACUCCACUUGUUUCUUUAAACUACUUCUCCGAUAUUUGAUUUUAUUGAUACAAAUACUCCGAAUCGUAUUCUACUUCGGAGUAUAAAAAUGACAAAAGAAAAAAACCUUAAGUAAUUUUUUUUUUUUAUAGGGAUUUAAAAUUAUUCAUGAUAGUCAUAUGUUCAAUAAAGUUAGUGUUUACUGAAGUAAUGAAUAUCUUACGUAAAAUGUAAUAUCCCGGACACCAAUGGCCAGCAUUAUGGUGAUUUGUGUUAAACCUAUGUUAUUAUAAUGAUGAAAUUUUUUUUACCAUUAUGCGUAUCGUAUCUAUGUAAAAAAAUCGUUCACAUUAUUUUAGUCGAUAACUAAAUACUAUUUAAUUUUUUUGUAAAAAAAACAAGUCAUUUAAAAAUUUAGUUAUGUUAGAAGUGGAGCGAUGGAAACUAUUUUAAUUCUUUGUUACUCGUGUGAUCUAUCACAUUAAUUUAACCUCAUCUCAAACCCUGUCCCCCAAAUUUGAAAUGCUAUUUGCGCCUAUUUCUAAACGUAGGUUACCACGUAGUUGUAGUUGACGCCUUUUACUCCUGUCGACCACGCAUGUCCAACGCAUUGCCAUUGCGCAAUAUUUUAUGUAAAACAUAAUGAUAUACACUCUGCACGUACUAGUAAUAGUUUUUAUAGUUAUUACCUAACCUAACCUAACCUUUGUUCAAUCAUCCACGAUCGAAACAAUAGUAAUAUUAAGGUCUCUCAUUAUAUUAUUAACCACGCUUUUCCACCUUCAACUUGUUUAAUAUAAUAAUUUAUGAUAAAUUGUUACCAAUUGCUGUUACACUGUACAUACUAACAUACAUUAUUACGUGCUGUUAUAAAUAUUAAGAAUAAUUGCAAAUACCUAUGACAAUAGGAUAUUAUUAUGACGUGUACCAGCUUCAGUCAAGUGGGUCAUCGCGUUAGUAUUGUUAAAAAUUGUUUUUCAAAGCCAUCUAAAAUCACAGCGUAAACAUUAUUGGACACUUCUACGCAACGUUGUCACGGAAAGCUCGUGUCAACGGUAUAUAUUGUAUUAUAUAUAUAUAUAUAUAUAUAUAUAUAUAUAUAUAAUAAUAUAUCUGUCGGAUUUCCCUGUACUGCAAUGGCUCAGGUUUGAUCCCGACAAUUGCGCCGGAUUUCCGAGUAACUAUAUAUUUACGGCCAAGGGCGAUAAUUCCGAUUCUGCGUGCUCUCUGACUACCUGCUUUGCCUAGUUUUAUUUUCUCUCUUUCUCUCUUUAUUUUUAUUAUAUUUGAACUUAUGUAAUUGACGUCAAAUGAAAAUGGAAAAAUAUAAAACGUUUUUGUCCUUCCGUUCGAAAAACCGGGAUACAAUCCCGUGGCUGUUUUUCGAUAGAAAAUAUCUACUAGUCGAUGUUGCUUUUGGCUGCAAUGGUUUUCGCUAGUGGAAAUACUUACAUCUCUGCCCAGUAAUAACCGCAAACUAAAAACAUUUUCAAACAUCGAUUACAUUUUUAUUUAUUUGAGACUUUACAACUUGCGAAAUUAUUUACCUUCCGGCAAUUACCCAAUAACAUACACUAAAAUAUAAUAUCUGUCAAACGUUUUCAAUGUAAUCAACAAUUAAAUGUCAUAAACUAAUUAUAGUUUUGAUUAAUAUUAAGUAGGUACCAUUGUACAUAUUAAAAUGUAUAAUAUAAGAUUUUACUUAUCAUAAAAAAAAAAAUACACAAUAUACAUGGUAUAAACGGUGAAGAAUAUAUCAUAUUAUGAUCAUAUUAUAAUAUAAUAAUAUAAUUGAUAUAAAAAAAAAAAUAGGAAUUUAAAGUCGUUUUUUUUAUUUUGUUAAUGGUAUUAAAGAUUUUUUUUAUGUAAUAUUUGGUUGUAAUAAUAUAAUAUAAUUAUGUAAUAGUAUAAUAUCAUAAUAUUAUUACCUCUGUUUAAAAAUUAAAAUAUAGAACCUAUAAAUGGUUAAAUUAAUUAUAUAUUAUAUGGUCCAAAUUGAGUGGUUUUUUGAUCUAUUUUGUAUUCAUAAUUAUUUUGUUUCGUAAUUAAAAAUACAUAACCCUUUUUCUAUUGAUCAUUAAAAUUAGAUAAUUUUACAAUUCUUUAAAAUUCAUGGUUGAUAAAUUUAAUACUUGAUAUUAAUAUAAUUUUGAUAUUUCCAUUUUUAUAGAUGUUCGUGCUUAUUUAUAUUUAUUUUACAACACUUUUUCCGGCAUUCCUUAACGUAUUUUGUGUUAGUGCCAUAUUAAACAUUUUUCAUCCGGAAGCAAGCCAAUUAUAUAGCUAACGGCCUUUUCUCAUACAUUGUAUUCCUUCGUUUCAGAAAUUUGGCAUCCUAUCAAUGUUUAAAAUCCAAGUUCAGUAGCAGGUGUAAAGAAAAAUAUUGCCAGGAAAUUGAAUUUGCUGUUUCUGAAAUUUGUAACCACGAGUAACCGUAAUUUUAACCUUUCAAUGUGCGGCUCCAUUGUGCAAACCUUAAUAAAGAUUCAACAUCAAUUGUUGUACUCCUAAAUAUUUACUCCUGAAAAUAACCAUAUCAUGGCUACCCAAACUUACCAUAGCCAAUAAUAAAAUUGUGAGUACAUUACAGAACUUCAGUGGUUUUAGACAUUAAUAUUUACUAUAUAAAGUAUAAAUUGACAAGUAAAAUACAACAUUUCAUCUAAUAUUAACUAAGUUAUGAUAAAAAUAAUAGUAAAAAUAUACAAGUGUAUUAAAAUUAUAAAACGUGUUUAAUUUAUUUAGGUUUAAUAGGGACUUAUGUGAACGGAAUAGGCACUUAUAUAAAAAUUACUUUUUUGUAUAUUUGAGAUAUUUAAUACUAAUUAACUAAAACAGUGUGAAUAACAAUACGAAAAUAAAUGACCACCAUAUUUUUGUAUAUUAAUUAUUAUUUACUAUUUUAGAUGUAUUCAUUAUAAAAUAUAUAUGUAUUAUGAUUAUGGAUUUAUAAUGUAUAUUGUAUGUACCUAUUUGAAAUUUUCAAAUAAUAAUAACAAUAUUUACGUCUA